CGUUCUCUGUUUUGUCGCAUGUUUGGUGACGUCCAAUAGUUGCCGUGAAGUCUCCGGACCGAGGCCUACGGACAUUUCCCCCCGAAGCGGACGGCCAUUCACGUUUCUGCGGAUGCUUAAGUAGUUUCUAGUGCCCGUUGUGAUCGGGUUUCUCUGUUCACCGAUGAAGCACUUUAUUGAUUGAUCAAGGCGGGAACGAUCGGAAACCCUAGCUAGCUAGUUGAAGCUAGCGCUAGCUGCCAGCGAGGAAGUGAGGAGGGGGAAAAAAAUGACAUCUCGGAGGUGGUUUCAUCCCAACAUCACGGGCGUGGAGGCCGAAAACCUCCUGCUGACUCGAGGAGUGGACGGCAGCUUCUUGGCCAGGCCCAGCAAAAGUAACCCGGGAGACUUCACGCUGUCGGUGCGGCGAAAUGGCGCCGUCACCCACAUCAAGAUCCAGAACACGGGAGACUUCUACGACCUGUACGGCGGGGAGAAGUUCGCCACGCUGGCGGAGCUGGUGCAGUACUACAUGGAGCACCACGGGCAGCUGAAGGAGAAGAACGGAGACGUCAUCGAGCUCAAGUACCCGCUCAACUGUGCCGACCCCACGUCGGAGAGGUGGUUCCACGGUCACCUGUCGGGCAGAGAGGCGGAGAAGCUGCUGACGGAGAAGGGCAAGAACGGCAGCUUCCUGGUGAGGGAGAGCCAGAGCCACCCGGGCGACUUCGUUCUGUCCGUCCGGACCGGCGACGACAAGACGGACAGCAGCGACGGCAAGCCCAAGGUCACCCACGUCAUGAUCCGCUGCCAGCACGACCUGAAGUACGACGUGGGCGGAGGGGAGAAGUUCGACUCCCUCACGGACCUGGUGGAGCACUACAAGAAGAACCCCAUGGUGGAAACGCUGGGCACCGUGCUGCAGCUCAAACAGCCGCUCAACACGACGCGCAUCAACGCAGCGGAGAUCGAAAGCCGCGUCCGUGAGCUCAGCAAGCUGGCCGAGGCCACGGACAAGGUGAAGCAGGGCUUCUGGGAGGAGUUUGAGACGUUGCAGCAGCAGGAGUGUAAACUGCUGUACAGCCGCAAAGAGGGACAGAGGGCGGAGAACAAGAACAAGAACCGCUACAAGAACAUCCUGCCCUUCGACCACACGCGGGUGGUGCUGAACGACGGGGACCCCAACGAGCCCGGCUCGGACUACAUCAACGCCAACAUCAUCAUGCCGGAGCUGGACGCCAAGUGCAACAGCCACAAGCUGAAGAAGAGCUACAUCGCCACUCAGGGCUGCCUGCAGAACACCAUCAGUGACUUCUGGAGGAUGGUGUUUCAGGAGAACUCGCGGGUCAUCGUCAUGACAACCAAAGAGGUGGAACGAGGAAAGAGUAAGUGUGUGAAGUACUGGCCCGACAUGUCGGCGCUGAAAGAGUACGGCGCCAUGCGGGUCCGCAACGUGAGGGAGACGUCCGCGCACGACUACAUCCUUCGAGAGCUCAAACUCUCCAAAGUGGGGCAGGGAAACACGGAACGCACGGUGUGGCAGUACCACUUCAGGGCCUGGCCGGACCACGGGGUCCCCACCGACCCGGGCGGAGUCCUGGACUUCCUAGAGGAGGUCAACCUGAAGCAGGAGAGCAUCGCGGACGCCGGGCCCAUCGUGGUCCACUGCAGCGCGGGGAUCGGUCGGACCGGAACCUUCAUCGUCAUCGACAUCCUGAUAGACGUGAUCCGAGAAAAAGGCGUGGACUGCGACAUGGACGUGCCGAAGACCAUCCAGAUGGUCCGCUCCAAGCGCUCGGGGAUGGUGCAGACGGAGGCGCAGUACCGCUUCAUCUACAUGGCGGUCAAGCACUACAUCGAGACGCUGCAGCGGCGCAUCGAGGAGGAGCAGAAAAGCAAGAUCAAAGGACGGGAGUACACCAACAUCAAGUACUCGCUGUCCGACCUGACCGCUGGAGAGCAGGGCCCCCUGACCCCCUGCACCCCCCUCCCCACCCCCACCUGCACAGAGAUGAGGGACGACAGCUCCAGAGUCUACGAGAACGUGGGCCUGAUGCAGCAGCAGAAGAGCUUCAGAUGAGAGCCGCCCGCGACCCCGGGGCCCCCCCUCAUCCAGGAUCUCCAUACUGUUCGCCAACCACACCUUGACAGUGACGACGUGGAACGACGGGGGGGACCCAACCACGGGGGAGGCUGGACUUGAGGAGGACUGGGGGGGGUCGUCAUCCUGCUCUCGCUCAUUCCCCACCCCCCCCCCCCCCCCCCCAGUUGAAUUGGAAACCACUGUGAUCAUCUGAGAAUCCUUAACGAACCCAAACCUGAAAGCAGCCGGGGUUUGGUUUUUGGAAUCACCGCCGGUGGGGGCCGCCGGCCGGCAACUAACCUCACUAACCCCCCACCCCCCCUUGCUUAUUUUUUCCUGCAUUAACUGAGUAUGGAGAAGGUCCCGUGCCAAACUAACCCCCCCCCCCCUGUCUCUGAGCUCAGCCUUCAGCCUGGAGACGAGAUCCAGUUUCUGCUCAAAUCCGGUUCUUGACAGAAACCCGACCCGUUCUCAGAGCCCUUAAAGCUGCGCCUUCGGUUCAGAACCGCCUUAAAGCGGGGUGUACCCCCACUUCACUUAGCAUUACUGCGGGAGGGGGCUGUUGUGUUUUGUCUUUAGACACAGAUUUUUUUAAGUGCACAGUCCCCCCACCCCACCAGGAAACCCUUGCUAGCCCCGCCCCCUCUGAACGCCAUGUGCUGGUAUUGGCUGCUGCUGGAGCUCACCUGGAUCAGGUGGUUUUCCACAAACUCAUCCGUCUGCUGCUGUCGGAUCGACCUGUCAUCACACGGAGCCUGACGAAGAAAUGACACUAAAGGAAACCGGUGCAGAACUUCGGAACUAAACUGGAGAUGAGCGUGAAGACGGGCCGACGCCGACCCGGAAAAGAAGCAGAGGUUCUUUUUGUUUUAGCCCAAAGUUACGAUCCUGUUUCUGCCAUUUCAGUCUGGAGCCAAACGGCAGCAUCAAUGGAUCCAGAACUCUGUGGAUCCAGAAUUUAUGAGAUCCAGAACUCUGUGGAGCGCUUUUGAACUCAAACUUGGGGUUUUUCUUUGACAUUUAGCUUGAAAUCAAAGUGUUUUUGUUUUUUUUAAAUCUCCAGCUACUCCUUGACCUCCAGCCCCCACCACCUUACGUGGCCUCAGUCUGUGUCCGGCUCGCCGUCUGUGUCCGGCUCGCCGUCUGUGUCCGGCUCGCCGUCUGUGUCCGGCUUGCCGUCUGGUGGUGCUGCAGCUCUCAUCCAGGUUCUGUUUUCAUGGCCUGCUUCCUGUCGGCGGCCGCUUCACCCCCCCAGUCCCGCCGUGCUCUGUGCCACGCCCCUUAACCAUCAUGAACGCGGUCUAGACGUGCCUUCGGUGCACACGCCUGCCUGUGUGGAGCGGCGGCACUCCUUAAUGUGAACACAAACCCUGAACCGGGAUCACGGCGCCGUCUCUAUUUUUUAACGUUCAGCAGGGCGGGAGAAUGUACUAAAACAUAUCUAUAUGCCAAUUUAUCAUGCGGCGCCCCCCCCAUGCCACGGGGGGGGGGAGGGGGGGCGCUCUCACAGCUUCAGAGGUGUAUUAUAUGACUUUCAAUGCAGUUCACCCUGUUAACAUCUGUAAAAAUAAAGGAUCAUGGCUCACCA